CCCCAUUUCCUCUAUCUAUAUCGCCGGCUUCUGGUGCUUCUCUUCUCUUCUCUUCUCCGUUUCAUAAUUAUUUAUUCUGCACUUCAGACUUCUCAAAGAUGGAUCGUGAGAGGCUCAUGAAGAUGGCUAGUGCCGUUCGCACUGGUGGAAAAGGAAGUAUGCGAAGAAAAAAGAAGGCUGUCCACAAAGCCACUACCACUGAUGAUAAAAGGCUUCAGAGUACAUUGAAGAGGAUUGGGGUUAACACCAUCCCGGCCAUUGAAGAAGUUAACAUUUUCAAGGACGAUGCUGUCAUCCAGUUUCUUAAUCCCAAAGUUCAAGCUUCAAUUGCUGCCAACACUUGGGUUGUCAGUGGUUCUCCCCAAACAAAAAAAUUGCAAGAUAUUCUCCCAGGGAUCAUCAACCAACUUGGGCCAGAUAACUUGGAAAAUCUAAGGAAGCUUGCGGAGCAGUUUCAAAAGCAGCAACCGCCUACUUCUGCACAACCAACGCAAGAUGACGAUGACGACGAGGUCCCAGAGCUUGUUGCUGGUGAAACUUUUGAAACUGCCGCGGAAGAUAGUCAUGCUUCUUAGGCUGGGGUGUGGGAAUGGCUCCCAAUAUCGUAUUGCUUGGUGUUGCUGUCUCUCUUUCUUUCUUUUGGCUCCUGGGAUAGUUUUCUCUCACUUCUCUCGAUAUGUUUUUCAAAUUCAGUGAAAGAAUUGUAGUAGGCACGAGACUUGAAACGUUUGUAUGGCAUUUUGUUGAGUGAUGUUGCCCCUUGCGUACACUGCACA